CCAGCCAGCCUGUCAGAGCCCAGGGCUGGGUUGCCGGAGCACGAGGGCGCUGCGGUCUCCGGCCCGCAGAGGGCACCCAAAAGCCGCCUUCUGGCUUGCCCAGCCUCCUCCCCCUCGAGAAACGGGGCUAGGACGCUAAGAAUGCGGCCCGCCCCGAGGCUGACGUGCGCAGCGACUCUUCAAAAGCCGGGCGGCGAGUGGGGCAUCCCGGCAGAGGUGGAGAGCAGGCGAGUGGCCCUCUGCUGUCACCGCGCAUCCCGGUGCUUUCCGGAGCGCAGGAGCCAGCAGUGCCCGCGCGCGCCACCCUCGCAGCGGAUCAGCGAGCACGCUUGCGGGGCCGGCGCCCAGGACUCGGAGCACAAAGCACGUCUUUUUCUCCCCCUAGUUAGCUCAGCGAGCGCCUGGCCGCGCGCCGGCGCACGCACCCCUCUUCUUCCUUUGUUCCGGGGGUUGGCGACCACUCUUUCUCCCCACGUUGGAAUCUCCUCGCGGGGUAGAGGGCCGCCGGGUGCUGCAGUGAAGAUGCCCUUGGAGCUGACCCAGAGCCGCGUGCAGAAGAUAUGGUUGCCGGUGGACCACCGGCCCUCGCUGCCCAGAUCCUGUGGACCAAAGCUGACGAAUUCCCCCACUGUAAUUGUCAUGGUGGGCCUCCCUGCCCGGGGUAAGACGUACAUCUCCAAGAAACUGACUCGUUACCUCAACUGGAUCGGUGUGCCCACGAAAGUGUUCAACGUGGGAGAGUAUCGCCGGGAGGCAGUGAAGCAAUACAGCUCCUACAACUUCUUCCGCCCUGACAAUGAGGAAGCCAUGAAAGUCCGAAAGCAGUGUGCCUUAGCCGCCCUGAGAGAUGUCAAAAGUUACCUGACCAAGGAAGGAGGCCAAAUUGCUGUUUUUGAUGCCACCAACACUACCAGAGAGAGGAGACACAUGAUCCUGCAUUUUGCCAAAGAAAAUGACUUCAAGGUGUUUUUCAUCGAGUCUGUGUGCGAUGACCCUUCUGUUGUUGCGUCCAACAUCAUGGAAGUUAAAAUCUCCAGCCCGGAUUACAAAGAUUGCAAUUCAGCAGAGGCCAUGGACGACUUCAUGAAGAGAAUCAAUUGCUAUGAAGCCAGCUACCAGCCCCUUGAUCCCGAUAAAUGUGACAGGGAUUUAUCGCUGAUUAAGGUGAUUGAUGUUGGCCGGAGGUUCCUGGUGAACAGAGUUCAGGACCACAUCCAGAGCCGUAUUGUAUACUACCUGAUGAACAUCCACGUGCAGCCACGUACCAUCUACUUGUGUCGGCAUGGUGAAAACGAGUAUAACCUCCAGGGCAAGAUCGGGGGUGACUCUGGCCUGUCCACCAGGGGCAAGAAGUUUGCCAAUGCCCUGAGCAAGUUUGUGGAGGAGCAGAACCUCAAGGACCUCCGGGUGUGGACCAGCCAGCUAAAGAGCACCAUCCAGACAGCCGAGGCCCUGAAGCUGCCCUACGAACAGUGGAAGGCACUCAACGAGAUCGAUGCCGGUGUGUGCGAGGAGCUGACAUAUGACGAGAUGAAGGACACCUACCCUGAGGAGUAUGCGCUGCGUGAGCAGGACAAGUACUACUACCGCUACCCCACAGGGGAGUCCUACCAGGACCUGGUCCAGCGCCUUGAGCCAGUGAUCAUGGAGCUUGAGCGGCAGGAGAACGUGCUGGUCAUCUGCCACCAGGCUGUCCUGCGCUGCCUGCUGGCCUACUUCCUGGAUAAGAGUGCAGAGGAGAUGCCGUACCUGAAAUGCCCCCUUCACACCGUCCUGAAACUGACACCUGUUGCUUAUGGUUGCCGGGUGGAAUCUAUCUACUUGAAUGUGGAGUCAGUGAGCACACACCGCGAAAGAUCAGAGGAUGCAAAGAAGGGACCUAACCCGCUCAUGAGACGCAAUAGUGUGACCCCACUAGCCAGCCCCGAGCCCACCAAAAAGCCUCGCAUCAACAGCUUUGAGGAGCAUGUGGCUUCCACUUCUGCUGCCCUGCCCAGCUGCCUGCCCCAGGAGGUGCCCACACAGCUACCCGGACAACCUUUGCUAGGGAAAGCCUGUCUAACAUGAGAGGCUCCCGGAACGGCGCCGACUCCUCCCGGAAGCACUGAAACAGACACAUCCAGGUCCAUCCCCACAGCUUAGCUUGUGUCCUCCCACCAACCUGAGGCCAAAUUGCUCCCAUGGACUUCCCCUGGAACGGGGUGGGGUGGAGCAAAGAGGCGUCUGCUGGCUCAAGAGAAGCUACAUGCCACCACAGCUUCGUGGUUGGGGUGGCCAAGACCCCAGAAAGUCCCAUUGAUUCACGACUUCCCAUGUCAAGCUGCCGGCUGCCCCACCCUCGGAGCUCUUGGAAUUUCCAGGGUGUCUGACCUCACAGAGGAUGGUGAGAACUGGAAAGGGGUGAGGGGUAAAAGGCCCCGGCUCAUUUAGUUUCUGUGAGCUUCUUGCCCUGUCAUGUUGGUUGCAGAUGAAGACAUGGGGCUGGUGGAGGACCCUGUAAUCACAGAAGGGCCAGAUUGUACGUGCUGAAGGUCAAGGGACACUCAGAAGACUUUUCACAAGGCUCCUUCCGGUGUGUCUCGGCCAGGAAAGGUGCCUUGUGGAGAAUGCACUCUGGCAUGUGCUGGGUUGGGAGACAGGGCUCUCUGGAGAAGUCCCUGGGUGUAAGACUUGCCUGCCUGCCAAGUGUUGAAGCAGCCUGGCUCUCUGCACAUCCACAUGCCUGUCUUCAAGAACAAACUGGCUGCACAGGCAGAAGGAAACCAUUUCCGUCAAGAUGGGCUCACCAGGACACCCCUCCCCACAGGGAGCCGUGAGGUUCCCCUGCUCUCCUCUCUGGACUUGGGGGUUGCCGGAGAGAAUCACUCCCAGAGCUGCUUGCUUUCGCACUUUGUUUAUUGGUGGUCUCAGAAGUGUGAUCUGAAAGUCACACCAUCUCUGCAUGAACCUGGAUGUUGGGGUGCUCCAGAUAGAGGCCUGUUGGGGCUCAGAGCCUCUGAUUAUGGAGAGUUGGGUGCACCCAUGAGAUCGGAAAGCUCAGAGUGGAGCGCUGGAAUCACUGCGUGAAGAAGCUCCUGCAGGACUGACUGCCUUUCCCAGGUGGGAACCAUGGCCCACCCGAGCAAGGCCUCAAGCGAGGGCACUGUCUUCUGCAUGUAUUUGUGGCAUAGCAUCUGCCAUGGGCCUGGUGCUACACCAGGGGUUUUGGAGAAUUCAGAAGGGUAGAAUGGUGGCCUGGCCUGGCCUUGCCUUAGUGGCAUCUGUGAUGUUUUUGUUGGGGUUGAAAGCGGGGUGCAUGGGACAUGUGGUUCUGAGGACCUGUAGUUUCUUCCUGUGGGUUUUGCCGCGCGUGCUGGGGCGGGAGGAGUUGUCUUGGGCCCAGAAGUAACACUUUGGAAACUCAGGGUAUCUCAUAGCUUCUGAGUACCAAAGGUGACU